AUGGCUACUGACACCCCCGUCAAGGUAAGCGACGGCACAACUCUCCUCCGUGAUCGCCGUGGUCGCCGGUCAGGCCGGUCAGGUCAGGUGUCGGCUGCUGCUACUGGCAUGAGGAUCCCCACUUGCGUCAUCGGUCGAGCGAUUCCCGCCGGGAUGAGCAGUCCGCUGCUACAGCACACCUCGGACCCGGACGCCGACAAUUGGUGGCAUACAACCUCCUCUCCACCUCUGGGAACCACUGCUGACUGUUCAUGUACCACUCUUGCAGAGCGAAGCCUCCUCCUCCGAGCGGCGCCGACGACGACGACCGCAACAAAUGCCCGCCUCGGCCUCGUUCUUUGGCCAGACCGUCAAAUGGUCGCUCAUCACCUUGGUGCUGAGCGUAUUGUUGAGCAAAUCGCUCACGUCGACUUAUUCGUGGGGUUACAAGGGGAAAUGGAUCGAACCUUCCCAUGUAGGUCCCACCAUCAGACUUGUCACGGCUAGCAACCCCCACCUCGUCAUGCGGUUGCUGAUGCUGAGCUCCGUCUGGUGCUGCAGUACCUCGACACCUGGCACUCCUUCACCAAGAGCGCCCCCGCGAUCCCCAAGGAACGUCUCUUCACCGAAGCCGAACUCAGCAAGCACACGGGCAAGGACCCAAAGUACCCGACCUACAUCGCGAUCGAUGGUGAUGGCAAGUCCCCAGGUUGUCUGAUGCAUAACGUAGCGAUGGUCAAGCUGAUCGUAGCGGGAUCUUGAGGCUAUGCAGUCUAUGAUGUUUCUUCGAGCAAGGCGUAGGUCCAGCGGUCCCCUGUUGAUCGUUCUGGCAUCACUCCAGGCUCACCCGAAUCUGGGUUCUCUCCCAGGUACUCGCCCGGUGGAUCGUACGACUUUUUCGCCGGGAUCGAUGCCGCUCGAGCUUACGUCACCGGUACGUGACAUGCCCGUGCUUCUGGACGACUGAGAUCAGGACACCCUUAACUGAUUUCGCGAACCCUUCCUUCUCGCUCUGCCCAGGCUGCUUCGACACGCACUUGACCCACGAUCUUCGUGGUCUGACCGAAAAACAAUUGGGCGGCUUGACGCACUGGAAAGAGUUUUUCAGUGGACAUGGUCAGUACACGUGAACGUUCGCCGGUGAAAGGGGUUUUUUUUGAGCCUCCGCCGACUGAUCUCGACCUAAUCCCGCGUUCGAUGGAACAGAGACCUACAAGAAGGUUGGACGGGUACUUCAUGCCGCGAUCGAUCCUACUAGUCCUGAACCGGCUGCUCAUUGCUAG